CUGCUGACUGGGGUGUGGGCGGGGAGUGGCGGAGGGAGGAGGCAGAGCUGGCCGCCGCAGUUUGCCGCCGCUGCUGGGCGCCUAGGCAGAGCUCCCCGGGGUUCGUGCGGCCGCCAUGGACGAGCAGGCGGGGCCCGGCGUCUUCUUCAGCAACAACCAUCCGGGAGCUGGCGGUGCUAAGGGGCUCGGGCCUCUGGCGGAGGCUGCAGCGGCCGGAGACGGAGCGGCUGCGGCGGGGGCGGCCCGAGCUCAGUACAGCCUCCCGGGGAUCUUGCACUUCCUGCAGCACGAAUGGGCCCGCUUCGAGGUGGAGAGAGCCCAGUGGGAGGUGGAGCGGGCGGAGUUGCAGGCUCAGAUUGCUUUCCUUCAGGGGGAGAGGAAAGGCCAAGAAAACUUGAAGAAAGAUCUUGUGAGGAGGAUCAAAAUGUUGGAAUAUGCUCUGAAGCAGGAAAGAGCCAAAUACCACAAGUUGAAAUAUGGGACAGAACUGAAUCAGGGAGACAUGAAGCCUCCAAGCUAUGAUUCUGAUGAAGGCAAUGAAACGGAGGUGCAGCCACAGCAGAACAGCCAGUUCAUGUGGAAGCAAGGCCGGCAGCUCCUCAGACAGUAUCUCCAGGAGGUCGGCUACACAGAUACUAUUCUAGAUGUGAAGUCCAAGCGUGUGCGGGCAUUGUUGGGCUUUUCAAGUGAUGUCACUGACAGGGAGGAUGACAAAAACCAGGACUCGGUGAUAAAUGGCACAGAGGCUGAAGUUAAAGAGACAGCAAUGAUUGGAAAAUCUGAGUUAACGGAUUCUGCCUCCGUGCUGGACAAUUUCAAAUUCCUUGAAAAUGCAGCUGCAGAUUUCAGUGACGAAGACGAGGAUGAGGACAUUGAUGGAAGAGAGAAAAGUGUCAUUGAUACUUCAACCAUUGUUAGGAAAAAACCAUUACCUGAUACCAGUGAAGAUCGAGACACAAAAGAAGCUCUGAAGGAGUUUGACUUCCUUGUCGCCUCAGAGGAAGGAGACAGCGAGUCCAGAAGUGCAGGCGACGGAACGGACUGGGAAAAGGAAGAUCAGUGCCUGAUGCCGGAGGCCUGGAAUGUGGACCAGGGAGUGAUCAGCAGACUGAAGGAGCAGUACAAAAAGGAGAGGAAGGGGAAGAAAGGGGUGAAGAGGCCCAAUAGGUCAAAACUACAAGAUAUGCUUGCUAAUCUGAGGGACGUUGAUGAACUCCCCUCCUUGCAGCCAUCUGUUGGCUCCCCUUCCAGACCCAGCAGCUCCAGGCUUCCUGAGCAGGACAUCAGUAGGGCAGAUGAAGUGGAAGCAUUGACGUUCCCGCCUUCUUCGGGGAAGUCAUUUAUCAUGGGAGCAGAUGAAGCCCUUGAAAGCGAGCUGGGGCUUGGAGAAUUAGCAGGCCUUACAGUGGCCAAUGAAGCAGACUCAUUAGCUUAUGAUAUAGCGAAUAACAAAGACGCCUUGAGGAAGACGUGGAACCCUAAGUUUACAUUAAGGAGUCACUUUGAUGGCAUCCGAGCCCUUGCUUUCCACCCCAUUGAGCCUGUGUUAAUAACCGCGUCAGAGGACCACACGCUGAAAAUGUGGAAUCUGCAGAAAACAGCCCCGGCCAAAAAGAGUACUUCUUUAGAUGUGGAGCCUAUCUACACCUUCAGGGCUCACAAAGGUCCGGUGCUGUGUGUGGUCAUGAGUAGCAAUGGUGAGCAGUGCUACAGCGGCGGCACUGAUGGCCUCAUCCAGAGCUGGAGCACCACCAAUCCCAACGUCGACCCCUACGAUUCUUAUGAUCCUUCGGUUCUAAGAGGCCCUCUGUUGGGCCACACGGAUGCGGUGUGGGGGCUGGCCUACAGCGCGGCCCACCAGCGCUUGUUGUCCUGUUCGGCAGACGGCACUCUUCGUCUGUGGAGCACCACUGAGGUUGCUCCAGCACUGACUGUAUUUAAUGAUAACCAAGAACUGGGAAUCCCUGCUUCUGUGGAUCUGGUGAGCAGUGACCCGAGCCAUAUGGUAGCAUCGUUCAGCAAGGGAUAUACAAGCAUCUUCAACAUGGAAACACAGCAGCGAAUUCUCACGUUAGAAUCCAAUGUCGAUUCAACGGCCAGUUCUUCCUGCCAAAUAAACAGAGUCAUCAGUCACCCCACCCUCCCGAUCAGCAUCACUGCUCAUGAGGACAGGCACAUCAAGUUCUACGAUAACAACACAGGCAAACUGAUCCACUCGAUGGUGGCCCACCUGGAAGCCGUUACAAGUUUGGCGGUUGAUCCCAACGGCCUGUACCUGAUGUCUGGCAGUCAUGACUGUUCAAUACGCUUGUGGAAUUUAGAAAGUAAGACGUGUAUCCAGGAGUUCACAGCUCAUCGGAAAAAGUUUGAAGAAUCGAUCCAUGAUGUAGCAUUCCACCCUUCUAAAUGCUAUAUAGCCAGCGCUGGAGCCGACGCCCUGGCUAAGGUCUUUGUAUGAUGGGGCACUUCAGCUUCACCCUGUAGCUCUUACAAGUCAACCGCACACAGAGAAACGGAAGACCAGGGCGGGAGCCAGCUCGCCCUGCCCUUUUGUUUGGCUGAGGGAGCACAGAGAACUCUGUUAAAGUACAGUUUUGCAGUUCCUAUACAGUUUUCUAAAAGUAAGGUUUGUUCAGGUUGCUGCAAGCUCAGCUGAACCUGUGAGCCCGAAACUUUCAGAUCCCCCCAAAGAGGCACUUUGAUUUCUGAGGUUGUUCUCACUCGCUGGGCGGGCCCGAGCGUUCGUUCUCCCUUUUGAGUAAGCAGGGCAUGCUGUAAUGGAUACUUAGAGGUGAGUGCCGGGAAUGAGUAG